AUGAAUUCGACAGAAGAACAACUAAAAAGUUUAUAUGAAUGGAUAGAUUCAAUACCGCUAUCUAAACCAAAGAGAAAGAUAGAACGGGAUUUCGCUGACGGAGUCCAAGUUGCAGAGAUAGUGAAAUUCUUCUUCCCAAAAAUGGUAGAGGUCAACCAAUAUUCACCUUGUAGUAAGGAAAGUCAAAAAAUGGAAAAUUGGAAAUAUCUCAACAGAAAAGUAUUUAAAAAACUAAGAUUUGAACUUGGAGAUGAUGUGAUACGAGAUGUUGCCAACUGUAAACCAGGUGUCAUAGAAGGAGUUCUAUCUAAACUACGACUCAAGAUAGAUCAAGUACUUUGGCACAUGAAAAAUAAUCCCCGACGUGAAAGUGAUAAACCAGAGGCUGAUCAAAUGUAUGAUUCUCCACAAAGAAAACUUACAUAUCGUCACACGAGUCCCAGGAGAGGGUCUGAGCCAAUCGUGCAUCAGCAGAUGUCGACCGUAGGCAAACCACACCCCAAGGUGCCUGUCUUUAGUGGAGGCGCUGAGAACAGUACCGUCUCCCACUUAAUGUUCCAGCUAAAGGAGCAAGAGUGCUUGACAAAGAACGAAGCCAUACUGAUUCUCAACGCUAAAAUCGAACGUCUGGAGCAUCUACUGCACUUGAAAGACAUCAGAAUUGAAGCACUUGAGGAACGACUGGACAGAGAAAAAAAAAUGGCAACAAAAUUUUAAA